AUGGCAACGGUCGCAAAGGAUUCGCUCCCCCUCGAGGGGCAAAGUCUCGGCCAGUUUGUCGUGUGUGCUGUGAUGAUGAGUAUCUCGGUUCUCGCAGUUCUCCUACGAAGUUUCGUUCGUCUAUUCCUGGUGCGAGCUUUUGGAUGGGAUGACGCGCUUAUGGUCAUCGCCUUGUUAAUAUUUAUAGCCUUGAACAUCUCAUGUAUGAUUGGGGCACAGACCGGAAUUGGCCAUAGGAUGAUCGACUUCGCGAGCAAAGUAGACCCGAUGACGGGGUUGGAUUUGCUGGAAAGAUCCCUGCUGCUGUGGUGGCUGAAUCAAAUGCUUUAUAUCUGGUCGUCGGCGGUUGCUAAAGUCUCCAUCGCUGUGGCACUCCUUCGUUUGGCCGUGCGCAGAUUCCAUCGCGUCACUCUGUGGACCGUCCUCGGUCUCUCUAUCGGCAUUGCAAUCAUGUUCUGGCUCGUCCUUCUUUUCGCCUGCAAACCGAUCUCGUAUUUCUGGCAGCGCGUACGACCAGGUCAUGCAGGAACAUGCCUGUCCACCGACACGCUUGUCGAUAUUUCCUAUCUUUACAGCUCGCUUACUAUCUUCUGUGACUUGACGCUGGGCAUUAUGCCAGCGCUUCUCGUAUGGAACCUGCAGAUGAAUCGUAAGACGAAGAUCGCGCUCGGUGCGAUUCUCAGCCUCGGAGCCGUUGCGAGUGUUGCAGUGAUUAUCCGAAUUCCAUUCCUCCAAACCUACAAAGACGCCGACUUUCUCUACUCUACCUUCCAAAUCGCCAUCUGGUCCGUGAUCGAGACUGGUCUCGGCAUCACGGCAGGAAGCCUCGUCACCCUCCGUCCCUUGUUCCGCUGGUUUCUGGACGGCAGCACUACUUACGGUCGCGCCGGACGCAGCGGCAAACGCAGCGACCGGCAGUAUCCUCUAUCCAACAUGAGCGGAGACGUGUCGAAGAAGGGCCCUCGCGAUCCAGGAUACUGGCGGCCGGACAUCACGAGCGAGGUCUCCAAUGUCGUGGUGACGGCCGUCUCCUCCCCGCAGGGGAGAAGCUACCUAGAUGACGCGCAUAGCAGCCAGGAGGAUCUGAAUCCGAGGCCGGAGGCAUGGCAUCCACGAUAUGAGGUCAAUAUCGAAAAGACAUUCAAAGUCUCGGAGGAACUGUAG